AUGGCAAAGACGAAGCCAGCCGACCGCAAGGCGAAGAAGAGCGCAAAGUCUGGUGUAAAAGCUAGCACAUCGAAACCAAAAGUUUCGGCUGAAGACCUCUUAAUCCAGGCGGCUACUCUUCUCCAAACAUCACAGCCAGAGGAAGCGCUCGUCGCCGCACAAAGAGCGCUCAACUUGGUCCAGCCUGGUACCUCGAAGCCUUCGGCCGCCGCGCUUCCCGCAUUGAACCUCCUCGGCGAAAUCAACGUAGAGUUGGGCGACCCAGACUCUGCGCGCGAAGCAUUCCAAGCCGCCGUUAUCAUUGACCCCGAAGGCGCACACGAUGGAGCAGAGAAAUUUCUAUGGAUGGCACAAUUAAACGAAGAGGGUGGUGCAGAGAGUGUGCGGUGGUUUGAAAAGGGCAUUGAAGUACUCAAGAGGGAAAUUGGUGGACUGGAGGGCAAAAUGGCGAAGAACAAAGAGAUUGCAGAGUUGGUGGAGGAGAAGAGGCAGAAGGUUGCGAAUUCGCUCUGUGGUAUUGCUGAAGUCUACAUGACGGAUUUGUCGUGGGAAGACGAUGCAGAAGCACGGUGCGACGCGGCAGUCACCGAAGCACUUCUUUUUGCGCCAGAGAAUCCGGAGCCUCUGCAGACACUCGCGUCCAUCCGAAUUUCGCAAUUGAAACCCGAUGAGGCAAGAUCCGCACUAAGACGAAGCAUGGAGCUGUGGAAGGACCUGGACCCAGAUGACGCCAAGGUUCCCGACUAUUCUCUUCGCAUUAGUCUGUCCCGCUUGUUGAUGGAGGCAGAAAUGGAAGACGAGGCAAUUGAGGUGUUGGAACGGUUAGUGGGGGAGAACGACGGCAGUGUCGAGGCGUGGUAUCUAGGUGGCUGGUGCUUGCAUUUGUUGGCGGGAAAGCAAAAAGCCAAGGGAGAGGAAAAGGUCACGACGUCACUGCUGCGUGCUAGUCGGGAUUGGCUGGAGAAUUGUCUCAAGCUUUACGCUAUGCUGGAGUACGAGGAUGAGCGAUUGAAGGAACAUGCUGAUGAGCUGCUGAGAGAAUUGAACGAUGUACUCGGUCCUUCUACCGGUGCCGAGGAGGAGGAGGACGAAUGGGAAGAGGACGACGGGGACGAGGAUGAGGACAUGGACGAGACUACGACUGAGCCACCACGCCUAUCCACAUCGCACCCCAUCCGCCGCGCAUUCCAGGCCCAUGGCACCGCCACUGCCCGCCAUUGGCUGCUCUCCAUCUUCGUAACCAUUAUCAUCUCCGUCCUCCUCUGCUACCAGGCUGUCUUCCAGGCGGACAGUUCCGCCGCUGCCGGCCUCCGCAAUCUGCCCAAGCAUGUCUGGACUUCCACCACCCAGAUUGAGGGAGAGCGCAUCCCCGAUGUGAUUGUGCGCCAGGUCUGGGUCCAUGGCGACUAUAUGAAGGCCAUCGAAUUGCCCGUGCUGCGCCAGGCUCUGCAUGUUCAGGAAGUCCUUAUCAACGGAGGCUUCAACAAAGAUGCCGACGACGGCGCAAAUGCCCUCCGAAACACUCUCGCCAGCACCACUUCAGGUUGCAUGGCUGCCGGACCAGAGGAGAAGUGGACAUGGCACUCGCCCUUGAUGUACUGGAACUGUUCUCGGACCGCCCUAGAUGACGAUGGCGACUUACUCGGCACCAUCAACGCACACACACGCAUGCGCACGCCCCGUAACAUCACGCUGCGGCCCAGCACGGUUUUUGCCGGAAAAUCUUUCUCCAAUACCAAGCUUCGUGCUGCCGACGCACUGGUCAUUACACUUUUCGAUCAGAACAGUUCAAGAUUAGGGGCUACAUGGGAUGCGAGAGCACGCACUCUGGCCGAGGAAAUAUCCGCCGAUUGGACCAUAUUCCCCCACGACGGCCAAGUUACCCGCAACCGACUGUUCGAGUUCAGAUUCAAGCCCAUGACUCUGAACGAUGACCUAUUUUUGGCGGCUUCAUACCUUGUUACCGCAGUCUACGUGAUAACGAGAAUGAGGCAGUUGCGAGCAGUCAAAAGCUGGUUUGGCUUGCUCAUCACCAUCUAUAUGAAGAUGGCUGUGUGUGUAAUCGCUAGUUUUACCCUUUGUACAUAUCUUGGAAUCGAUCUGGCACGGAUCCCCCGGCCAUGGCUUCCUGUAGUAGUUUUUUGUUUCGGUCUUGGGAAUAUAUUUCGUUUGAUUAAUGUUGUACUGGAAACACCGCCAGAGAUGCCUCCUCACCAGCGCAUCGGUAAUGCACUCGGUGAGGUUGGCCAUCUGUCUGUUGCCAUUGCAUUUCAAAACCUCGCACUAUUGUACCUCUGCUCCCAGCUUGUUACGCCCUGGGUCGCAGACUUUUGCGUUUUCGCAGCCGUCACACUCGUAUUCGACCUCGUCUUCCAUUUGACCUUCUUUAUUGCCGUUCUCAGCGUUGAUGUGCAGAGGAUGGAACUCUCCGACUCUCUGGAUCGCAUUAAUCUCAGCCAAAGCACCAAGAACAAACAGGCCGAACGUCAAUCCUGGCUUGGUGCUCUGAGAGAGGGUACGCUGCCGUUGAGCACACGCUUCGCAGGGACUGUAGCCAUCUUCUCCGUUAUUCUUGCCGUCAAUUGGCAUUUCUUUGACAGCAGUGACAAACUACUGUCCUUCAAUACGCUUCGGCAAAGUUUUACUUCAAGAAGGCGGAAACGUUCCAUCGACACAAGCUGGAGCCAGCCGCCAAUCAACCAGGCUAGGACCCCCGCCGAUUGGCUUCGGCUCCAAGACCACAAUACGGCUCGAGAACUGUUUAGUUUCAUCAAACCUGGAGCCCAAACAUUUGUAGCUCGCAUAUACAACCCCAUCCUGGUCGUCUCCAAAGGAGCACAAGGACGUGACCGGCCGCAACCACCUUCGUCCCUCAUCGAAGGGCUUCGCCGCUUUGCACAUGGACAUGCUUUCCCAGCAGCUUUGAUUACUGUUACACUCAUUGCCAUUGUAGCCUUGUUUAUGAAUUACCUUCUCUGGACAGGUCUUCCAAUGGGAGCAGAGGAAAACGAUGAUGUAGAAACAGAGUUUUCAGUAAAGACAUUGCCAACGCCACAAAACUUGGAUGUUGCCCAGUUGGCUGGUUGUCCAAAAGGCCAUCUUGCAAGUACGGCAUCGAUGAAGCCUAGGCUCUGGCCCAUCUACGCUACCGCUAUCGACGAUGGCGGAAGCAUGCUAGCGAUAUGCGGGCAAACUGGGCAGAUUGGUCUAUGGGAUAUCCCUGCAUCACGAUUUCUUAUGUUCCCACUAAUCGACAUUCGGGGGCAGGCGCCAAUACGCUUCAGCUUUGUUACGCUCAGGACGCGAACGGAUGCAGAGAGGCUAUAUCUUAUCAUUGUCAGCCCAGAUGGACACUUGACAAAGCUGGAAGCACGCACAGGCAUCCACCACACCAGGCGUAUUGCCACCAGCUCAAUCGUAUGCAGCUCAAUAUACACCUCGGACAAAGGGGAUACUAGCCUAGUCUUUGUGACCAAGGCUGGCGAAGUGCACAUACUGUCACUCAAGCAGGAGGAUAACUACACGUCGGAAGUGGUUGCAGGUCUGGAUCCGGGCCCACCUCCUGGUAGCAAUCCUGCAAAGAUACGGUGUAUAUAUGCUGUCCCCAGCCUCGGGGUCAUGUUUGCGCUUCGCGACGAAGAGGCGGAGAUUUUUGACUUUUCCAGCCGCGCGCUGGUUCACGCAUUCCAAAUUGGCCAUGUGCGUCCACACUCGUUCAGAGUGCUCCACUCUGUACGACGCGUGUGUCAAUGCGGAGCCCCUGCGGUCAACUCACUCUCUGUGGCAUAUGCAGAGCACAGUGCAAACCACAUGGUGAUGCAGACCUUCAGUCUGGACGAUAAGACGACUUCACAGAUGUGCCUUGGAAAGCCGCUAGACCGGGAAAAGCACAAAUGUCGUGGUCUCGAGUGCGCAAAAGAAGCGGUCUAUUCUGUCGAACCGGCUGGGGUGUGGGAGUCGACAGAGGCGCAGAGCGUAAUUGGAGUCCGAAGACGCACACAAUUGGCUACACCGUCAUCGACUCAUUCAGGCGCAGAAGAGAACUACGCAGGUGUUGAUGCAGUGGCGCUUACGUCUGCAUUGAAGCAGCGUGCUCAACGCCAGGGUCACGUGAACCUAUCAAGACUCGGGGAUGGAGCUUCGACCAAGAUAGACCGGAUGGAUAGCUCAUUCGAAGAUUCCGACGCAUGGGAGGUUUGGACACUUUCGACAGCGGGCGACUUCCGCUCAAGACCAUUGGUGCCCGACGAUGCGGAUGAUGCAGCGGCCGAGUCGUAUGAAGAUGAGUUGUUUGUAGCAGCACCUGGUCCGAUUGUCAAGCUAGGCAAGCGCAGUAUUGCAGUGGGAUUCGGCAAUACAGUCAAGGUGGUUACGCUGGGCAAGGAGUCGUUUGACGGCCUGACGAGUAUACAGAGCGGUGCCUUGGACAUUGGUCUUGGCUCAUACAAGUGGAGAGCGCGGAAGGCGAGUGGAAGAAAGGUGCAAUAACACAACGGCACUGAUAGGACUCAGGGCCCUUGAAACAGGAAUCGCGGUGUUUAUAUUAUGGAUAUACCCUAUGUGCGCAUUAAGCGCAGCGUUUUAGAUGGCAAGUUACUUGAGUUGAUGAAUGGACAAGAUACAUAUG